AUGGAGUCUGAAGAAAGCAUCAUCAAAGUAAGCGUAAGAAAUAACCCUGGAACUUAUAUCUUUGAAGGAAAAGAAAAGCUCAAAGCUAAAGGAAGUGUUUCAUUCCAUGCAAUUGGUGGAUCAAUUGUGAACGCAGUAAAAGCAUCUGACAGACUGGUGUCCUUAGAUAAUCAAAAUAUGACAUCGCGCAAAUUUCUGGUCUCCCAAGUGAAAAUAUAUCUCUUGCAUAUUUUAAUUAUGAGGUUUCCCUUGGUGAAAUUAUUCCAGCUCUAUCAGAGAAGCAAGAGCCAGAUGGUUUUUCCUCCCAGACUCCUGGCUUUAGGGAAUGGAAUUUUCAAGAAGGAUAUCGCUUACCCCAGACGGUGGACUGGGAGAUUUAGGGUGCUGAUUGAACCCAAGUUAGGGCCUGAGCUCUAAGAAGAGUAGUCGAAGCCCUAACUUCAAGACUGGCGGCCUCAUUGGUGAGCAAAGUCCGAGGUAGCCACACCUUGGCGGGCCAGAGGAAAAUGGCGUAAAAUUUCCCCCGAGCGGAGCUGGAGGCAGAUAUAGUUUAGCAACCUGGUAUGGACGUUAAAUAUAUAGAGUAAUUAAGAUUAAGAUUAAGAUUGGUUUCCUUAGGUUAUGCAACUCUUACAAAGUUUGAGACUUCUUGUGUUGACGAAAAGGAUUUUGAUGGAAAACCUAGAAAAGUCUAUAAAGUUGUGCUUCAGUUAGCUAGAACUCCAGAAUUCGAUAACAUCUAUGAGCAGUUUGAAAAAAACAAAACUAAAAAAUAA